AUGGGGGACUGUAACUUGAAAUUUGCAAGAUUACGUGAUUAUGGUGAGAUGAUCAAACAAACCAAUCCUGGCAGUUCUUUUUGGUUGAGAAUGGACAGUGAAACUGGCCCAGGUAAAAAUUUGUUUGUUUAUUUCUAUGUGUGUCUUGAUACAUUGAAAAAAGGGUGGAUGAAAGGAUGUAGAAGAAUUAUAGGGUUUGAUGGGUAUUUCUUAAAGGGUGCUUGUAAGGGUGAACUUCUAGUUGCAGUUGGGAAGAAUGGAAACAAUCAGAUGUUUCCUAUAGCCUGGGCUGUUGUGGACAAGGAAACCGAGCAUAGUUGGAGUUUUUUUGUCAACUACUUGAAAGAGAAUCUGCAGUUGGGUACUGGAGCAGGUCUUACUGUGAUGGCUGAUAUGCAAAAGGGUUUUCAUGUUGCUGUUCUUGAAUUGUUACCAAAUGCUGAAAUUAGAAGAUGUGCUAGACACAUCUGGGCUAACUGGAGUCAAGAGUGGAAGGGAGAAGAGAGAAAAAAUAGUUUUGGAAAUGCUCAAAGGGAGUCAAGGGUUAGGGCAUUCUUUAAAGAGCAUUGUAAGUAUGAUGCUGCUAAGAAUAACAUGUGUGGGACCUUUAAUUCAUGGAUCGUAGUCCCUAAACAUAAAUCUAUCAUUACCAUGUUGGAGGAAAUUAGGAGAAAAAUCAUGAGUAGAACAGUGGAUAUGAUUAAGUUUUCCAAUACUUGGAUAUGUGAUAUUGCACCUAUGGCUAGACUUAUUUUGAAGGAGAAUAAGGAUAGGGCUAGGGCUUGCAAGAUGCUUUGGAAUGCUGAUGUUGGAUUUGAGGUUGGAGAAGGGGAGUAUAGGCAUACUGUGAACUUGAAUAAUAGAGUUAGAAGAGUGAAAAAAGCUACAACAUCUAUCUUUUGUGGUGAUACAAGAAUUCAUGUUACAGAAGGAAUCAAGAGUCAACUACCUCCUAGAAGUAGAGUAAUUAUUGGGCAGAAAAGGGGAAGAGUUGGAACCACAAAGGAUGUUGCUGAAGGUGGAUCAAAAAGGACUAAUGUUGUAGCUUCUCCUGCUCUUUCUCCAGUUGCUGGAUAA